UGCUUCUUUUCUUAGUAAUCCAAUCCAAUCCAAUCCAAUCCACUUUAUCUGAAAAACCAAACUAAAUCUCAAAACCAAAACCAAACCAAACUCAUAACCUCCAACAAUGUCAGCCAACGAUUACUACAACAAAGGACCUCAACAACCUCAAUACGCUCCUCCUCAAGGUUAUCCACAACAACAACAAGGAGGCUAUUAUCCUCCACCAGGUGGUGCUCCUCAAGGUUACCAACAACAACCUGCUUACGGAUACCAACCACAACAACAACCUGUUUAUGUUCAACCUCAGCAAAAGAAAGGUGGGGGUGGUGGUACUGGUUGUUUGGCUUGUUUAGCCGGUGCUUGUCUUUGUUGUUGUGCAGAAGAAGCUUUAUGUGAUUGUUUAUUCUGAAGCCGAAGAAAAAAAACAUCCAACGCGUGUUUUUUUUUCUCUUCUACUACUUUUACUUUUACUUCUACUUCACUUUUAACCAUAUAACCUCUUUUUUUUGAAAUUUGUAGCCGAUUUCCUUCGCCUCAAGACUUUGAUUUCUGUUCUUAUUCCUUUUUCCCUUUUUCCUCUUCUAUAUCUUGCUUGAUUUUUAAUGAUUCUUUUUUUGGAUCAACUAAAGUUUUUUCAUCAAGAGAAAUCUUGGUUUUGAAUCAUUUAAUUUGAUUUGAUUUUUUCAUUCUUACGCGUUUCAAAAUCGAUUUUGAGAAAGUGUUUGAUUUCCUUUU